CCCGUGAGGGGUCGGAGAUGGGGGAAGGCCAAUAGUGGCAAAGCUAGGGCGGCACUGCGGCCUUGGGGCCAAUGUGAGCUCGCCGAUAGGCCGGGCGGGGCGGGGCGGUAGCUGUUAGUCGGCGCAGGACGGAAGAGGAGCUCUUUGGGGUGGUUAUUCCUGGAGUUGUCGGCGCAGGGGGUUCGGCCCCAGGCGCGAAGAAGGCGUGCCCGGCCCGCCUGGGCUGUGAGUGGCGCGGAGUUCACUUCUGCCAGGAUGGCUGCCCGGCUGCCCCUUGAUGCGCUGGGUCGAAGAGUCCUGUGUGGCACAGACUAUGCGACUGUGCGCUAUGUUGGCAGUGUUCCUCCUACAGCAGGAAUUUGGCUGGGCGUGGAAUGGGAUGAUCCUCAGAGAGGAAAGCAUGAUGGUACCUAUGAAGGAACACAGUAUUUUAAGUGCAGGCAUCCUAAAGGAGGAUCGUUUAUUCGGCCAAACAAGGCAAAUUUUGGAGUAGAUUUUCUUACUGCAGUAAAGGAUCGGUACGGAUUGAAUGAUCAUCAAGAUGUUCAACAUGGGACAGAAAAUACAUUAGUAUUUGGAAAGAAGACUGUAGAAUUUGUUGGCAUGGAUUCUAUUGCAGAACAACAAAGCCAACUGAACCAACUGGUAGAUAUCUCAGUGCGUGAAUGUGCAGUGAGCCACGCGGGGCAGGAGGAGGAAAUCGGCAGAACAUGUGCUAGUAUUAGGCAUAUAAAUCUGUCAAAAAAUCUGAUAUCAACUUGGGAGACAGUAACAGCUAUUGCUUCUCAAGUUCAAAAUCUGGAAACACUUAAUAUCAGUGAAAACAAAAUUAAAUUUCCAUCUACAUUAAAUUCUGUAUCCAGUGUAUUUUCAAAAUUGAGGAUUCUGGCACUUAAUCAAACUGAGAUAACAUGGACAGAGGUUCUUCUUUGUGCUCCAGGAUGGCCAGCACUUGAAGAAUUGUACCUUACUUCUAAUAAUAUUACACUUUCAGAAAGGCCUGAUAACGUCCUGCAGACCCUGAAGCUGUUGGACCUUUCAGACAACCAGUUACUGGAUGGAAAUCAGCUGCAUCUAAUAGCACAUCUCCCCAGAUUAGAACAACUAAUACUUAGAAACACUGGACUAUCUUCCAUACACUUUCCUGAUGCUAGAUUUGGAUGCAAGACUAAAAUGUUUCCUUCACUAAAGCACCUUGCAAUAAAUGACAGUAAAAUAUCACAGUGGUCAUCUAUCAAUGAGCUUGAUAAACUGCCAAGUUUGCGGUCACUGCAGUGUCACAAUAACCCUUUCGUGGACACAGAGAAGAACCCAGAGACCCUGAGACAGCUAAUUAUUGCCAAGAUAAGUCAACUGGAGGUUUUGAACAAGUCUGAGAUCCUUCCUGCUGAAAGAAAAGGCGCAGAGCUUGAUUAUCGCAAAAUAUUUGGAAAUGACUGGUUAGCAGCUGGUGGGCAUUGGAACCCAGAGAAAAACAACCCAAGUGAAGAAUUUCUUGCUGCCCAUCCCAGAUACCUGUUGCUUUGUCUUAAAUAUGGUGCACCUGAAGAAGGAGAACUGAAGAAACAACAGCCUUCGACUCUGAAAAAUCAGCUUCUGACUUUGACAAUUAAGUGUCCCGAGAAACCUGAACAGAAGCCAGUAGAGAAAAAGCUACCAGAGUCUAUGACUAUUCAGAGGGUCAAAGGAUUGCUCUAUCGCCUACUUAAAAUUCCUGGUUCAGAACUGAAGCUGUCCUACAAAAGUUCCAAACUGGAAGGAAAAGAAGUUGAACUAGACAAUGACUUAAAGCCUUUGCAGUUUUACUCAAUAGAAAACGGAGACUGCAUGUUAGUACGGUGGUAAGAACGGAUGCUCUUGGCAGACUGAAGGAAAAGCCAACGCUGGAACUGCAGAAGAGUUACAUACUGCGCACAGACAGCACAGCAGCCUCUGCCUGAACACACACAGGAUGCGUCAACUUCACAUGUGGCACCAGAGGGCUAUACAGUAAUUCUUUCAGCUCCUGAAUUUAAUCAGUGUCCAUGAAAGCAUCUGCUUUUGGCUGAACUGUCUUACUUGAGAGGUACCAAAUACUGCUUAAAUGCUUCAAUUAAAUAAAACUCAAGGUAACUUUUGGAACAAUUUUA